AUGUGGACUUUCCGCGUUUGCACGUCUCUUGCCGCUCACUGUGGCCUCGCUGCUGCAUUGCUGAAGCUCGGCGGCACGUGCGCGCGGCACGUCAAGCGCCAGCCCUUCGAGGGCGGCCUCGCGUACAGCGACGCGGCGCAGAAGGAGCUGGAGAAGUCCGUGCCCUUCAAGACCGUCGUCAAGCACAUUGAGGCGAUCCAGCAGGAGUGCGCCACGUUCGACAGCCUCUUCCACGAUGAGCGCCGCCUGUGCGACCGCCUGCACGUCGCCUUGGCGAGGGCCUCCGACGCGUACGCCAAGGCCAAGGUUCUGGACGCUGAGAAGCUGAAGGCUCUGGAGUCGCCCCCGCAGAUCGUGGCCGGCGGCCACACGCUGGUCCACUGGAUGCAGCCAGACGUGAUCGUUCCUGAGCCAGGCGUCUACGACCUGCCCCCGAGCGAGUGCUGCGAGUUCCUGCUGCUCGUGUGCCCGCUCGGGGAGGACCCGGAGGCGGCGGCGUCGGAGCCCUUCGUGGCCCGGUGCCCGGACGUGCCGCGGGGCGCCCUGAGGCAGCUGGCGGACGGCCUGGCCUCGGACCUGGCGCACUGCAGGCCUGCCGCGGCCGUGUCCAGCGAGUACGUGGAGCAGCGGCUGCGUUCCGUGGCCAGCGUGCUCCGAGGCGCGCGGCUCGGAGGCGUGGAGGCGAAGGAGAUCGUGUCCAAGCAGGCUGGGCCCGCCCUGAAGGAGCUGCUCAGGUUCCUCGCGACACCCUCGGCAGCAGCCGAAGAGCCCGCCGUCACCACCAAGAAGAGCGGCAAGCCGGACCCGAAGGAUCCGAAGAAGGCGCCCACCCCAGGGCAGAGCAGACCGACGACAGCCUCACCUGAGCAGCUGGAGGAGGGCAUGCUGGACUCUGGGAGCGUGCAGGGCCUCCUCGAGGCGCUGGUGCGGCUGCUCGACGUCGGCGCCGCGGCGUCGCGGGUGGCGCACCCGGAGCUGGGGCGCUUUCUGCAGGCCUCGGGGCUGCCAGAGAGGUACCGCUCCGUGCAGAUCGG